AUCAAUUUAUCAUCUGCAAUACGUACCAAGCUACAACACUAUGAAGAUAUCAUUGUUUAUGUUUUUGUGUGUCUCUGCCGUCUUCUUUUGCUCUUGUCUAGGAGAAUCCGAGCCAGAGCCUCCUACGCCACAACAAAAUACUAAAGUUUACAUUGUCUAUAUGGGCGCUGCCGCACCAUCCAGCAAUGGCGCCAUGCGAAAGGAUCAAGCUCAGCUCAUCGCCUCAUUGCUUAAAAGGAAUGGGAAGGCUUUGGUGUACACCUACACAAAUGGUUUCUGUGGAUUUUCAGCUAGAUUGACGGCGGAAGAAGCUCGAUCCAUUGCUCAAAACCCCGGAGUGGUUUCUGUUUUUCCUGAUCCAAUUUUGCACCUCAAAACAACCCGCUCCUGGGAUUUUCUGGAUUCCAUUUCUUAUAAAAAAAGUCUCCCACUAGCCCCCGCCCCACAUCGAUCAACAGGCCCUCGACCAGUAUAUUCCAGUGAAGCAGAUACCAUAAUAGGCAUCUUGGACACAGGAAUAUGGCCUGAAUCCCCUAGCUUCAAUGAUAACGCCAUUGGACCGAUCCCGGACCGAUGGAAGGGAAAAUGCGAGAAAGGCGAUGAUUUCAACUCUUCCAACUUCUGCAACAGAAAAAUAAUUGGGGCACGAUAUUACGUGGAGACCCCGUCGGCCCGGGACAAUGUAGGACAUGGAAGCCACGUGGCGUCCACGGCAGCAGGAUCCCUGGUUGAUACCGCGUCAUACUACGGUCAAGCUAGAGGGACAGCCAGGGGUGGGUCCCCUACUUCGCGAAUCGCCAUGUACCGAGUUUGCGAGUACGGAUGCGAAGGAUCCGCCAUCUUGAAAGCCUUCGACGAUAGUAUUAAGGAUGGCGUGGACGUCUUGUCGGUGUCGUUGGGCGGACCUGAAGGAGAAAAACCCGAUUUCUCUACCGACGUUAUCGCCAUCGGCGCCUUCCACGCCGUCGAGAGAGGCAUUGUCGUUGUCUGCGCCGCCGGAAACGGCGGACCACGCCGCAGUACUGUCAUCAACGAAGCUCCCUGGAUUUUCACCGUCGCCGCCUCCACCAUCGACCGCGAGUUCCAGUCACAAAUCGUCUUGGGCGACAACACAGUCAUCAAGGGCAUGGGAAUUUAUAUCGGAAAACUGAAGAAAAGGCCAGUGCAUCCACUGGCGACCGGGGCAUUGGUUAAAUCGGAGAGUGCUACUGAAAGCGAUGCCAGGGAUUGUUUACCUCAAUCAUUAGAUCAUGAGAAGGUGAAGGGGAAGAUUAUUCUGUGUGAAACCGGCAACCCGACUUCUUACAUUGACGAUAAGAUAAAUGAGGUGAAAGAUGCCGGCGGGGUUGCAGUAAUACUUGUCAGCAGCCCUGAGGACAUGAUCAUGGCGGUAAAAUUUGGUGGUUUUCCGGGAUCCAUAAUUCUAGAAAAGGAAGCCAACCAGGUUUUCAGCUACAUCAGCUCAACCAAGAAUCCAUUGGCAACCAUCCUCCCAACCGUGACAGUGACAGAAAGUAAACCAGCACCUGCAGUAGCAUUUUUCUCAUCAAGAGGACCAUCGCUUGCAAGCGUCAAUCUCCUCAAGCCGGAUAUUUGUGCCCCUGGGGUUGACAUUCUGGCAACUUGGCCCGACAAUCUUGAUGGGGGAGAGAUAAUCCCUAUCAAGAGUCAUCUAGGUUACAACCUAAUCUCCGGAACUUCCAUGGCCACACCACAUACCUCAGGGAUUGUUGCUACAGUGAAGGCACAAAACCCAAAUUUCAGUGUUUCUGCAAUCAGAUCAGCAGUUAUGACCACAGCCAUGCAGACAAACAACUUGAAUGCGCCAAUAACAACAACAGAUGGAGCAAUUGCCACACCGUAUGACAUUGGCGCCGGAGAAUUAAACCCCACAGCAGCAUUAAAUCCAGGGCUGGUUUACGAAACUGAGAUUGCAGAUUACCUGCACUUCCUCUGUGCAACAGGCUACAACACAUCUCAAAUUCGGCUCAUCUCCUCAACUGUCCCCAAGGGCUUCAAGUGCCCCAAGAAGUUGACACAAGACGUGAUCUCCGGCAUCAACUACCCAUCCAUUGCAGUCUCCAAUCUAAAGGAAGGUGAGCCUAAGGCAAUCACAAGAACGGUAAGCAAUGUUGGCUCCGAGGAAUCAGUGUACACUGCAACAAUUGAAGCAUUGGCAGACAUUGAGGUCAGUUUAACACCAAAUAAGUUGGUGUUUACAAAUCAAGUGAAGAAGCUAAGCUAUACUGUGACCUUUACGGCUUCAUCAUCCCUUGAGACAAACAUAUUUGGGUCAAUUACAUGGACUAGCGGAAAAUAUAAAGUUAGAAGUCCAAUCGUUGUAAAUGUUGAGUAAGGGAGUCAAUCAGUUAAAGCGACAAAUUGUUAGACAUGUGACUAACUUGAGGCAGACCAGUAUGAAAAUCAAACAUGUUUUGAUGUUGAAUAAAGUUUUUUUUUAUGGUUGCAUUUA